CAGCCAGGCAACAUUACACAUAAACGCCAUCAAUAAUCAAUCAUUGUUUAUUUGUUUAAUUGUUUUGUACUGGGUAUUCUAAAAAUAUAUUUUCGUAUAACACCAGUUACACUACGUAGUACGUACGUCGUUUCCCAAUUCUUAAAAACAAAAUGGACUUCAACGAUAAAGUUGUAUUAAUUACUGGCGCAAGUUCCGGAAUUGGAGCGGCUACAGCAAUACACUUUUCAAAAUUAUCCGCGAAAUUAGUUUUAACUGGAAGAAAAGAAAACAAUUUAAAAAAGAUAGCUUUAUAUUGCGAGAAAACUAAAGGUAUGAAACCUUUGACUGUUGUAGCGGAUUUAACAGAAGACAAUGAUGUCGAAAACCUGGUGAAACAAACUAUUGAUGAACAUGGAAAAAUUGAUGUUUUAGUUAACAACGCCGGCGUAAUGGCUAUGGGAGGAAUAAAAGAUGCCAAUGUAGAAGCUUACGACAAAGCGAUGUCGACAAAUAUGCGUGCAGUUUAUCAUUUAACGAAUUUGUGUGUACCUCAUCUGAUCCAAAGUAAGGGAUGCAUUGUUAAUGUGUCCAGCGUUUUGGGUUCUAAGGCUAACACCAAUUGUUUGCCUUAUAAUAUUUCGAAGGCGGCUCUUGACCACUUCACCAGAUGUAUUGCUUUAGAAUUGGCACCUGAUGGAGUUCGUGUGAACUCAGUAAAUCCUGGAUUUGUGAAGACUAAUAUUUUAAAGGAUGUAGGGCUUACAGAGGAUCAAGUCGAGUUAUUGGUUAAAAAUAUUGUUGGAAGGACACCUUUGAAGAGAAUAGUAGAAGUAUGUGAAGUGGCAGCUCUUAUUGCUUUCCUAGCGAGUGAUCAAUCGAAGAGUAUAACGGGAUCUUGCAUGUCAAUUGAUGGGGGAAGCAGACUACAGUAAACUAUUUGUUGUUUAUCACGAAGGUGCCGAUCCUUGUGAUGAUCCUGCAAAAUCUGAAUGGAAGCUGGUUUGUUACACUUUCAAGCGAAAACUACUUAACCAAUCAUCAUGAAACUUUGUACACCAAUUCUUGGAGGUAUUAGAAAGAACUUACUUUGAUACUUUUAAUUUAAAAAAAAUUCAAUGCAAGCUAAGCCAAUGGUAAAAGCUAUUACUUUAUAAUUAGAUGCAUUUAAACAGAAAUCAUCUAGAACAGAGGUGAGCAACCCGUGGCCUGCAGGCUGCAUGUGGCCCAAAUAGAGAUUUUGUGCGGCCCACCAAAGGUUUUCAAAUUUUUAAAACUGUCAAUUUUAUUAUAAUAGGCACACCAAAAUUCAAUACUUGUACCAUCAGGUCUUAUUGUUUUCCAUCAUUCUGUGCUUUCGGCCCGAAUAUUAAUUUUUCAAAAUUUUGCGGCCCUCUAGUAAAAAAGGUUGCUCACCCCUGAUCUAGAAUAUUAUAAAUAAGUUAUA